AACAUUUAUGUUAAUUAUUAAAUAGAUCGAACGAAUCUAACAACCAGAGCCAGCGCUAUUAUUAUUCAUUAGAUAAAUUAUGCAUUAAUAAUUGUAUGUAUGUACCUACAAUGUAUCAAACAUUAUAUUCGAUUAAUAUAACACUAUAUUAGUUACAAUGUUCUAUCGACUCUUGGCAAAUGAUGUGCACAGCUAAUGGGCGUUUUUUUUUCUUUUCAAAUUUAAUUAGAUACAAUUAGUUAUCUAUUUAUCGACCAUAUUAUUUUAAUGGAAUUCACACGUUAUGUAAAACCUGAUAUGAUGAAUUAUAUGUAGGUACCCAUUAUGAGAGUAGGUAGUAGUAUGUCGAUUUAAAUUACAACGUUAAUAGGUAUUGAAACGAUGAUGGUAUACACCUAUUGCCUACCACGUGGUGUGGUCUUGCACAGUGGAACGAGUGACUACGUAGAAAGUUUUUUCAAGUCAAGAUCGAUGACAGCUCUAUCGUCCAAUCGUGUAUUUACAGGCAAAAUUAACCGUGUACGAUUCUCGGUGAGAAGAAAGUCUACACCGACCAGCAGCCCAAACUCACAGACGUUAUCUACCGUGUGUUUUACUUUGCAUUUGAACCGGGCUUCUGACGGGCCGAAGGAAAGCCGAAGCAUAGUUUCGCCGCGCAUGGAUUUCGACGAAUGGACGCCACUGGGACGCGGCGAUCCGCUGAAGAACGACCCGACGUUCGACUAUUUGCCUCCAGCGCUGGAAAAAGUGCAUUACUGGAAGCCGCCACCGCCGCCGCCGUCUUCGCUUGCGACCAAUCAACGCGCGUACUCGGCCGUCCUCUCCACCGCCGCCGCGCCCGUGUCCGCGAUCCACUACAACAACAGACGGUUCUUCUUGACGGACUACCCGAGCAAAGCCGCCGAGGGCACUUACUAUUUGCACAAGAGACCUGCUCCACAGGUGGUGGUCAGCGGCGGUUUUCAUUAUUCCGUCCCGCGAACGCCGCUGCCCAUGUUGACGCCCCCGCCGUACUCGCGGCCGUCCACGUCGCUCGUUCCGGCCGCGCCCACUACCGCGAGACCAGCGGCGGCUGCGACGGACAUUGGCACCUCGUUGGCCGAGAGCAGACACCCGCCGCCGGCUGCGGUAAGGGCGCCACCGACUUUGACCACCGUGCCCGGCGUCGUCCGGCCGCCCUUGCCGGCGUCCACUUCCGCCAUAAAGGUGCUGCUGGAAAAGGAAAUCGACCGGACGACGGUGACCACCGCCGAAACGCCGGUGCGCGCCACCGGUGCGACGGCCAAAAUGUCGGCCGUCACGGACCCGCCGCCGUCGUUGCCGUCAUGGCCGUCGCCUCACGGACAACCCGCGGCGGUCGCCAGGCCCAUGUACCUGAUCAUACAGGGCCAUUCGAAAGUGAAAACCUACGGGCUGGCCACCAAACCGGACGACGUACUCGACCGGACGGCCGGCGUGGCCGACCACGACCACAAUCGCCUGGACGACGACCCGAGCAGGAGGAAACGCCACAGCCAAUAACAACAGUACACCGCAAAGGUAGCAUAGGCACAACGCAGAAUAUGCAGUGUCUCUUCCUCCCACUUUUAGACGAUUAAGUAUUUAUUUUUUUUUUUAUACAAUAAUAUUGUACAAACCUGGUUAGUUUCUGACACCAAUCAACACUUGAGGGUUAUAUUUUUAUUUAAGCAGGCAAAGGGAUAGGCGAAAUUUGACAAAAAUUUACCAAGUGACGGACUUGAAUAUAAGCAUUUACUGACUUCAAGAUGGUAACGUCUUAAGGGGAUUGGAAGCUGGCGGUUUUCGAGUCUCUUAUCACUAAUCCUUUAUCUCUAACUGAAAGUGAAAUCACAAAUAUUUAUUUUUUAAAUUAAUAAUUCAAUAUAUAUAUAUAUAUAUUGAACCCGACCGUGAACACCUAUAUCUUAUCACUUAUAUUUAUUCUCUUAUCUCUUAUCGUUUGUCUCUUAUCUCUAACUGAUAUACAUGAUAAACUAGAUUUGCUAACUAGUGAUAAGAACGGAAGUCGACGUCGGCCAUUUUUUUGUGGGAUAAAAUAACAUAAUAUUUUAAAAAUUGAAUAAAGUUCUCUAAUUUCCACAGAGAUGACGGAAAACGGUAACUUCAAUAUUUAUUGUCUCUAUUGGCGGCAUGUACCUAGCCAGCUAAAACCAUUUUUUGAAAAUGUUCACAAACGACAAAAUAUAUAUUACCUAAGUAGUCAACAUUUUUAUUUUAGUCUAACACGCCACUGACAAUCCCCUUAGCAAAUUUUUUUAGUUGUAAGACUUUUUCCAUAUUUAUCUCGUUAACGAUUUUUCACUGUGGGUAAUUUUUUGAAAAAUACGUAUCAAUCAAAAAACAUCAAGUACAUUGUAAAAAUACAGUGUAACGUUGUUUUUGCAAAAUGAUUGGACGAUAUCGAUCAUGAUAAAUGUUAUAAUCAUGAUUUAUUAUGGUAAAAUCCUAAACUGUUAAUUUAUAAUUUUAUUUUGUUUACUGUUAAUUAUUUAUAAUAUUCGGUUUGAGUACAGGAUUUUAAUUGUUAUGUACAUAUUAUAUAUUAAUUCUUACUCCAUUUUGCAAUGUAGUAAAACACAAGGAAUAUUAUAGUUUAGUUUUUGUCGCAAUACAAGGCCAACAUAUUUUUAUGUACUAAGAGUUAUUGUCAAAAACGUUUUUAUAAAGCCUUACAAAUAAGUUUACAAAGACUAUACCAAAGAUUGUUACAAAAUAAUAAUUAUCAUUUAGAUUUUUUUCUUUAGUAUUAGAUGUAUUUAGUCGAUUGACAUAAACAUUCUUUUUUUUUUUUGAGAUUCCAUAAAUGUUAAGUUUAGAUUACUGUAAUAUAUAAUAUGAUUUAUUGUUAGUUUCCGGCGGUGCAUCAAAUAUUAACGCCUUAUUGUUAAUAAAUUUACCGGAAUAAGAAUAAAAUACAAUAAUUAUUAGGUUAUCUAUACAAACGCCUUUAAAAUAGUUACCAAUAAAACAUCAUACUUCCUACCCAUAUAUGUAUAUUUCAUGUAUAACGAAACCAUUCCAAGACCUUUUCAUUAUCAUAUAAAUAAUAAAAUAUUAUAUUGUGCUGUAAAUGUAUUUAUAAAUGGCAGAAAUUAGUAGGAAUUUAUCGAGUUGUAAGUCUGUUGAUUAUGUUUAUAAUAUAUUGUACUUGUAUUUAAUAAUAAUUUAUAAAGUUAUUUUAUACUAAUUAUUUAUAAAUUAAGUUUACUUACCUGUUAAAAUGAGAUUAUAUAGGUACUUAAAUGUACAUUUUGACACUGAUAAAUAUUGUUAGAAAAAAGAAAAUGAUAAAACUUAUUAUAU